AUGAGUACAAAUCCAAAUAUAGCAAAAACCUCUAUGAGAGGUUUAACAAACUUUAUUUCAGAUUUGAGAAAUGCUCCAUCAAAAGAAGUAGAAGAAAAAAGAGUGACCAAAGAAAUGGCACAUAUUAGAAAGGAGUUUAAAGAAAACAAGAAUAUCGAUGGUUACCAAAGAAGAAAAUAUGUUUGUAAAUUGAUUUAUAUGUACAUGCUAGGUUAUGAAUUGGAUUUUGGUCACAUGGAAGCUGUAACCUUGUUAUCAAGCACUAAAUUCUCUGAAAAACAAAUCGGAUAUAUUUCAUUGGGAGUAUUAUUAAAUGAAUCACAUGAAAUGUUACCAUUGAUUAUUAAUUCAUUUAAAGAGGAUUUGAUGGCAAGAAGUGAUUAUUUCCAAUCAUUAGCUCUUGCUGCCAUUUGUAAUAUUGGUGGUAAAGAAAUAGCCGAGUUUCUUGCCCCAAUCAUUCAAAAACUAUUAAUUGCAAAUACAUCAUCAGCAAUGGUUAAAAAGAGAGCAGCUUUGGCUAUUCUUAGAAUGAAUCGUAAAAAUGUUGGUCUAGUAACACCAGAUUCAUGGGAAGAACGUUUAGUUUCUGUUUUAGAUGAACCUGAUUUUGGAGUAUUAAAUUCAUUAUUAAGUUUAUUAAUUGAUUUGGUAUCAGAAAAUGCAACUGGAUGGGAAUCAGCAGUACCAAAGGUGAUUCAUAUUCUACACAAGAUUGUCAUUUCAAAGGAAACACCCAAAGAAUAUAUUUAUUAUCAGAUUGCAUGUCCAUGGCUUCAAGUUAAAAUUCUAAGAUUCCUUCGUUACUUUUCACCUCCAGAUGAUUCAGUUGGACGUCGUCUUACUGAAAUUCUCAAUCAAAUCUUUUCCAUCUCUGAAUCUGCCAAGGCUGGUACCAUCAAUAACAAGAAUGCUUUAAAUGCAAUCCUCUUUGAAGCUAUCAAUUUAAUUAUUCAUCAUGACAAUGACCCAACAUUAUUAAAACAAACUUCAACAUUAUUGGGUAAAUUCAUUACAGCCAAGGAAACAAAUAUUAGAUAUUUGGGUUUAGAAGCAAUGGGUCAUUUUGCUUCAUUAUCAAAUGAAACUUCAAUUAUGAUUAAGAAAUAUCAAGAUACUGUUUUAUUAUCAUUAAAAGAUGCAGAUAUUAGUAUUAGAAGAAGAGCAUUGGAUUUAUUAUAUGGAAUGUGUGAUAAGAAUACAUGUCAGACUAUUGUAGCAGAAUUGUUGCAAUACUUGCAGACGGCCGACUAUGCCAUUCGUGAAGAGUUGGUUAUCAAGAUUGCCAAUUUGGCCGAGAAGUUUGCUAGCAACUAUAGUUGGUACGUCGAUGUUAUCUUGCAGUUGAUUACAUCGGCUGGCGACUUUGUCAGCGAUGCCAUCUGGUACCGUGUCGUCAAGAUUGUCACCAACCACGAGGAUAUCCAAGCAUACGCCGCAUCGACUGUAUUCAAUGCUUUGCAGUCGCGUAAUGCCCACGAGACACUCGUCAAGGUUGGUGGCUACAUUUUGGGUGAGUUUGGUCAUCUCAUUGCCGACAAUCCCCAAUCGACCCCUUUGAACCAGUUCAACAUUCUCAAUAGCAAGUUUGGAACAUGUUCACCUGCCACCAAGGCAUUGUUGCUCUCUACCUAUGCCAAGUUUGUCAAUCUCUUCCCAGAGUUGACCAACCAGACCCAAGAAGUGUUUAAACAACACGCAUCGUUUAUCGAUGCCGAGAUUCAACAACGUGCUUGCGAGUAUUUGCAUUUGACAUCGUUGAACGAAGAGUUGAUGCAGACUGUGUUGGAUGUGAUCCCCGCGUUUGUCGACAACUCACACAAGAGCACAAGUAGCAACAGCAGCCAUGCUGGCCACUCGGCUCCAUCUACUACCGACUCGGGCAACACCAUGCACUCGGGUAACAAUGGAUACAAUAGUAACAGUGGUAGUCAGAAUCCAGAGAACGCAACACCACCAAGAAACAACGGACUUGAUCUACUCGAUCCAUUUGCUCUUAGCAGUCCCACCACAACCCAACACAACCAACAAAUACAACAACAAAUGGCGCAACAACAACAAAUGCUACAACAACAAAUGUUACAACAACAAAUGUUACAUCAACAACAACAACAGCAACAACAACAACAACUUGUAGUCCAACAACAGCAGGUGAUUGCACAAGCAGAUACUGGGUCGACAGGAUCACCAUUUGGAUUCUCACCAACGACCAACUCUCCCAAUACAGGGUCGUCAGGUUCACCGUUGGAUCCAUUACAAAUCAAGAUUGCCAAUGCAUACAAACGUUUAUGUUUGGUGAAUGAAGGUGUGUUGUAUGAAGAUGGCAAUAUCCAGGUUGGUAUCAAGAGUGAUAUUAGCGGUUCCGGUGGACGUUUCAUGCUCUACUAUGGCAACAACUCUGCAUUCCCAUUGUCUAGUUUCAACGUUCAAUUCGAAUCACCUUCAAACGGUAUUCAACUCACACCACAGUCAAUCGCACCUGUCAUCCAACCCAAGGCACAAAUCCAACAAUCUCUCUCGUUUGUGUGUACUGGCGAGUUUAGCGAGUCACCUAUCGCCACCAUCAACUUUUUGACACCAGGCAAGCCCAUCACCAUCCACCUCAAACUUCCUCUUGUCGUCUCCAAGUUCUUUGAACCACUCAAGAUGAACAGUGGAGAAUUCUUUUCCAAAUGGAAGAUCCUCCCCGGUAAACCAGUCGAGAUCCAAGAAGUGUUCAAGUGUGCCAAGAUUGAUAUUGAAGGAUUCAACAAGAUCAUGUCAGAAGGAUUACGUAUGACUGUUCUCAAGGGUGUAGAUCCCAACCCAAACAACUCUGUUUCAUCAGCUCUCUUCCCAUACGCUCAAAAUCCAAUCCAAGUACUCGUCAGAAUCGAAGCCAAUCAACAGGCAAGCAUGUGUCGUCUCACCAUCCGUUCUCAAUCUGCUGUAAUCUCAAAUGCUCUCAAACAAUUAUUACUUACUCAUUUACCAUAA